CCAUUCUCCGUUGAGGAUUUAGCCGCUCAGAAGAAAAAGGAUAAGGAGAAGAAGAAGUCGAAGGAGCAUAAGCAUAAGAAGUCGAAAAAGAAGAAAAAGAAGCACCAUUCAAAACGCGACCAUAGUGGUUCACGAAAACGAUCACGGUCACGUUCUCCCUCUUCCAAAAAGAAGCAUAAAAAAAGGUCGAAGCAUAGAUCAAGAUCGAAGACGAAGUCUCCAUCGAGGAGCAGGACUCCAUCGCGAACACCAACACCGCUUAAAUCCGAUAUUGAUGAAGAAAAGAAAGCGCUCGUGAAAAAGGAGCCGGACUUGAUACCUAUUCGAACACCCGAGAGGAGUCCUUCUUUUCCAGAAAAAUCGUCUUUUCGUGCGAUUUCUGACGAUGAUGACGACCUACCAGUUGGUGCUGACUUCCGCACUGUAAUGAAAGAAGCUAAAAAGAAGAUCAACAUCUCCAGCAAAAUCGGUAUUUCGUUAGACUUAGCAGCCUUGCCAGUCGCUCCUCCGUUAGCCAAACCGCGAUCUUCUCAUGCUUUUCCAUUGUCCAAAGAGAUCAAAAAGGAUUUGGAUGAUGAGGGGCCCACACAACUUGGAAAGCGAGAGUCAGACGUUCUAAACAAGGUAAUCGCUGAAAAAGGGCGAGGAGAUUUUAUUCCUCGCAAUUUGAAAGUGAAAACCUCGGCAACUGAAUGUACUUCUGGUCAAAAUCACACCAAGGGUGAGGGAAGUGCCAACGAGGUCGAUUUGAAACCUCUAGUCAGCCUCAAAGACGAAAGUUUAAUGGAUAUCUCAGCCGAUGAAGCAGAAAAAGAGACAGAGUUUGGGCCAGCUUCACUCCCACCUUUAGAAGUCCCAACCGCCAGCUCAUCUGGAGUCGCUAACUCUGCUCCAGCUCCAGAACCUAUCAGUGAUGGAGAACUGGAGAAAGAAAUAGCUGAGGAAAUCAAUGCUGCUGCUCAGCCGAAGACGGCACUAAAGAGCACUAGGCUAGCGAAAGUUGUUGAGAGUUCGUCUGCUGUGAUUUCUAAAACUGUAUCCAAAGAAUCGAUUCAACGAAAACGACGUAGAUCACCGCGUAAACGUAGCUCUAGUCCGGAUACAGAUGAAGAGUUGAGAAUAAAAGCAAGAACUGCGCGUACGAAUAAGGUUGUAAGAAGGACAUCACCAUACCGUCCACGCGGACGUCGGCGAGAUGAGCGUGAACGCCGUUCAAGAUCGAGAUCUCGCCGACGAUAUUCGAAAUCAGUGAGCAAAAGUCCGGUACGGGAUAAACGUCGUCGAAGAUCAAGGUCCCAAUCAAAAUCUCGCAGCAGAAGCCGAAGUCGUAGCAGUGGUCGAUACAGGUGUCCCGUCGAUCGCGAUCUAAAUCCUCUUCUCGUAGUAGAAGUCGUAGCCGCACUUCCAGCCGCAGUAAGAGUAGAAGUCGUAGUAGAUCACCAAGACGUAAAAUGGAAGCAGGAGGAAGGAGAAGAGGAGGUGGUGGGGGUCGUCAUAGAAGAGGACGUAUUGACAAGGCUAAGCUAUUGGCCAUUGCUAGGAAGAAGGCUCAGAAGAUGCAGUUGGUAG